AUGUUUGAAGGAAAGCUGGCCUCCCUCGGCUACCUCGAGCAUGUCUUCAGUGUUUCUCAAGAAGAAAAGUUCAACGAGGCGAAGCUCAACCCGGGCGAGAUGAUCGCUCACGUCUUUCAGGAGGCAAAGGUCAUCGGGCCCUACUCGCCGCUGGAGAAGCUGAAGAACAUGUUCACUCUCUUCGAUAGUCCGCAGUUUCACGCCGAUAUGCUCACCUUUGAUGGGGCCGUCAAAGAGGCCAUAGCUCUCUACAAGCCGGACCUCUUUUACGUGGACGGCAUGCCGAUGCCCGCCGUCUACUACUCGGGCUUGCCUUGGGUCGAUUCCAUUUCGCCGAAUCCGCUCUUUCACUACGAGGGCACUGAUCUUCCACCGGGUGGUUUGGGAUUAUCUGUAGAAGAAAGUGAUCAAGAUCGAAGCCAGUGGCCGGCCCUUGCCGAAAUCCGAGCGGCUGCCUUCAAGUCAAAGAGCUUCAACGACAUGAUCGAGAGCGCCGGUUAUGCUCGCUACCCAAACGAUUCUGUCCCUAAGAACUCCAUUCUGACGGUGUACGCCUGUCCGGAGGAGCUCAACUAUGGUCCGCUUCGGGCGCUGCCCUGGUUCAACCUGGAGGUCUUUAAUCUUCCAAAAGAUGGUGAUCGUAAGCCGCUCACAGAGCUGGGCGUUCCCCAGUCUUUUCUCUCUGACAACCUCGGCGGUCGUUUCAGUGGUCAUCUGAUCUAUGCCAGCUUAGGCAGUAUGGGCUCAGUCGACCUCGAUUUGAUGGAUCGGCUGCUCGGCGCUCUGUCCACCUCGCCCCACAAGUACAUCGUUUCAACGGGGCCCAGGCACGAGCAGCUAUUGGGUGGAAAGCCGUUGCCGGCAAACAUGUGGGGUGGUCCUUUUCUUCCCCAGACUUCCAUCAUUCCUAAUGUUGAAAUUGUGAUCACCCAUGGUGGAAACAAUUCGGUGACGGAAACCUUUGCCGCGGGCAAGCCCAUGCUUUGUCUCCCACUUUUCGGCGAUCAGUUUGACAAUGCACAGCGGCUGUUGGAGACGGGCUACGGCAGACGAAUCGAUCCGUACAAAUUUACCGACGAGCAGCUGAAGGAGGAAGUGGAUCGACUGCUCAACGACGAAGCUCUACGCAAAAGAUGCAAAGCAGCUGCAGAACGACUCAACUCGACAGAUCGUCAUGAGCAGCUGGCAAAGUUGCUCGAAGAGAAAGUUUUAGAAAAGAAAAAAGGGAACAGCAAUGAUCAACAACUAUAA